AUGUCGUCCUCCUCAUCCUCCCUCAAGCACAACCCCGAGAAGCAGGCAAAGAACGAGUACAUCCCCCACUUUAUUGCCAAAAAGCCCUUCUACGUCGACCAAAACACCGUCGGCGAAUACCGCGGGCUCAGCAACGAAGGCGACUACCUCGAGCAUCAGCGCCUCCAAAAACCCGCCGCCGACACCCUCAGCACCCAGAAAUGGUACGACCGCGGCGCCAAGACAACCCGCGCAACAAAAUACCGCGCGGGCGCCUGCACAAACUGCGGCGCCAUGACGCACACCACAAAGGACUGCCUCAGCCGGCCGCGCAAGCUCGGCGCCCGCUGGACCGGCCAGGACAUCCAGCCCGACGAGGCCAUCCAGACGCUCGAGCUCGGCUGGGACGGCAAGCGCGACAGAUGGAACGGCUACGACGCGCGCGAGCACCAACGGGUCGUCGACGACCACCUGCGCAUGGAGGCGCUGCGCAAGCAGUCUGAAGCCUCCACCGCCACUGCCGCCGCCACCGCUGCCGCCGCCGCUGCCGCUGCUGCUGGCGACGGCGAUGACGACGACAACGACGACAAGUACGCCGAGGAGAGCGAGACCCCAGGCCAGGGCUACGACGCCGCGAGCCGCAUCAGCACGCGCAACCUGCGCAUCCGCGAGGACACGGCAAAGUACCUCCUCAACCUCGACCUCGACUCGGCCAAAUACGACCCCAAAACACGCACCAUGGUCGACCGCGGCGCAACCUCCGACCAGGCCGCGGCACUAGUCGCCGAAGACAACUUUAUGCGCAGCUCCGGCGACGCCGCCGAGUUUGAGCGUCUGCAGCGGGCCGCAUGGGAGACGCGCGAGCGCGGCGAGGGGAAAGGCGGGCGCAUGCACCUUCAGGCCAACCCGACGGAGGCGGAGCGGCUAGAGCGGACCGCAAAAGAGGCGGCGCAGGCGCGGCGAGACGCGGAGCGGAAGCGGCUGCUUGAGCGGUAUGGCGGGGGGGAGUAUUUGGCGGCACGGCCGGCGCCGGUGCUGGAGGAGGAGGAGCGGUAUGUGGAGUAUACGCCGGAGGGCCAGGUGAAGGGGCGGGAGAAGGUGGUGGCGAGGAGUAAGUAUCGCGAGGACGUGCUGGUGGGGAACCAUGGUGCGGUGUGGGGGUCGUGGUGGCGCGCGGGGAGGUGGGGGUAUGCGUGCUGUCGGUCGCAUACGAGGAAUAGUUACUGUACGGGCGAGGAGGGGAUACGUGCGGCGGAGGUGGCGGAGGGGAUGAGACUGGGAUUGGUGGAGCCGGUGGCGCCGAGGAGGGUGGUGCAGGAGCUGGAGGUGAGGGGGGAGGUGGAGGAGGAGAUGGAGGAGGAUAGGGAGGACAGGGGUAAGGGGAGAGGCAAGGGCAAGGGGAAGAAGGAGGAGGAGGGGGAGUCGGCGACAGAGAAGGGGAAGCGCAAGCUGGCGCAGAUGAGGGACGGCGUGACGGAGGAGGAUAUGGAGAUGUUUAUGAAGCAGCGCAGGCUGGCGGAGGAUCCCAUGGCCGGCUUUGUGGACGUUGUGUAG